AUGUGGCUGUUGGGGCCGCUGUGCCUGCUGCUGAGCAGCGCCGCGGAGAGCCAGCUGCUCCCUGGAAACAACUUCACCAAUGAGUGCAACAUUCCAGGCAACUUCAUGUGCAGCAACGGGCGGUGCAUCCCCGGCGCUUGGCAGUGUGACGGGCUGCCCGACUGCUUCGACAAGAGUGAUGAGAAGGAGUGCCCCAAGGCCAAGUCGAAAUGCGGCCCGACGUUCUUCCCUUGUGCCAGCGGCAUCCACUGCAUCAUUGGCCGCUUCCAGUGCAAUGGCUUCGAGGACUGUCCCGACGGCAGUGAUGAGGAGAACUGUACCGCCAACCCUCUGCUUUGCUCCACCGCCCGCUACCACUGCAAGAAUGGCCUCUGCAUUGACAAGAGCUUCAUUUGCGAUGGGCAAAAUAACUGUCAAGACAACAGCGACGAGGAAAGCUGUGAAAGCUCUCAAGAACCAGGCAGUGGGCAGGUGUUUGUGACCUCAGAGAACCAGCUCGUGUACUACCCCAGCAUCACCUACGCCAUCAUCGGCAGCUCUGUCAUCUUCGUGCUGGUGGUGGCCCUGCUGGCCCUGGUCCUGCACCACCAGCGGAAGAGGAACAACCUCAUGACGCUUCCGGUGCACCGGCUGCAGCAUCCCGUGCUGCUCUCCCGCCUGGUGGUCCUGGACCACCCCCACCACUGCAACGUCACCUACAACGUCAACAACGGCAUCCAGUACGUGGCCAGCCAGGCCGAGCAGAACGCGUCGGAAGUGGGCUCCCCGCCCUCCUACUCAGAGGCCCUGCUGGACCAAAGACCCGCGUGGUACGACCUUCCUCCGCCGCCCUACUCCUCCGACACUGAGUCUCUGAACCAAGCGGACCUGCCCCCUUACCGCUCGCGCUCCGGGAGUGCCAACAGCGCCAGCUCCCAGGCGGCCAGCAGCCUCCUGAGCGCGGCAGACAGCGGCCACGGCCCGGGGCAGCCCGGCCCCCCGGAGAGCGCCGCGGGGCCCAGGGACUCCGCGCCCAGCCAGGGCACCGCAGAAGUAUAAAUCUGGCGCUUCCAAAGUCCAUGUGGGUUAAUCUGCUCUGACUUGGUACCAUCCUAACAACUCAGCUCAUGGGGAGCUCCUCAGGGUGCCUCGAGGAGGGAUUUCGGGUGUCAGCGGUCUCUCCGUCCCCUUCCUACCCCCUCCCCCCACCCCACCCCAGAUUUCAGGGAUGUUCUUUAGAAGGAGACCUGGUGUUUUUCCGGCCUCUCGGGCGACACGAUGUGUUGUGCCAUCUUUUCUGGGAGGUCACUCGUCCUGCGGGGCCCAGGAGCGUGAGCUCACUUGCCACGUCAUUGUGUCAUUGUUGGAAUGUUGCGGACAAGGCAACGUAAGUUUGCAGGCGGCCGGAUAAAGCGGCAUUUGAGGAGUCCUGGGGAACGCAGCGCUCCUGUGCCGUGUUGGAUGUCCAGAAGGGUGGGAGACACCAGCCCGAGUUCCCCGUGGCUGCUACCAUAUGGCUCCGUGGGAGGUUUGGGUCGGAUGAUCCUCCAGGAGGCCGUCGUGGAUGGCUGCCCUGGGAAGAAUCCAGGUGAGCACCAAAGCCUGCCUCACACUCUCCUGCGCGCCGCCCUAGGUUCGGCCGAGGCCGCGGCCAGAGGAAACAGCCAUGAGUUACACCCUUCCGCAAUCACCAGUGGCCUUUUGGUUCUCCGAGUGACUCUGAACCAUUUACUUGAUAGAUUCAGGCUUUAAAACCUUCCCCAAGAAUCCUCGUGUUGAGGGUUUUUCUCUGCAACGUCUGUCAUCAGCCUCAUCCCGGAACGGGCAGGGGGCCUCUGCCGUGAGUUCGUCCGAGUUCCCAGCUCUUCAAAUGCAAGCUGCCGAGAGCCUGGGCCUGCUGAGGGCCACAGCCCUUCUCUGGCUUCUGGACCGUCCCCUUCCUGGCUGUGACCUUCCCGGAGCCAAGGGCUGAGGACCCCAACUUGAAUUGGCCAAAAAUCUGAUCUGGUCCUCCGUCCCUGUAAACCACGCCCAUCUGUGCCCAUCCAUGCAACUUUCAACACUAGCUUCCGACGUCACCUUAACACCCAGAAGUCAUCUUACCUGUGCGUUUGGACUUGAGGACACUGUGGUUGAUGACACACGUGAGAAUGUUCAGGACCUCCCACCAGAGCUCCUGGGUCCCUGUGUUGCACACACUCCCCUUCCCAAGGCCCAGAUACCAGCGUCCUGACUUAGGAUUAGGGCUAGGGUUAGAGUCAGGGUCAGGCUUCUUCUGACUUGCCAUAGUUUCUCCUCUAAAAGACGUGGACGGUAGAUAAUUUGGAGUCAAGAUUUGCCAUUCGGACUUUUUUUGUUGUUUUUUAAUCUCUUAGAAAUGCAUUUGAAACAGU